AAAAAUAAACCACACACCCUGUUGCUAUUUAUCGUAACUAGGCGAGGCUUGUCAUCUAUAAAACCAAAUUGCAGGGGAAUCCUUUUGUGAUUCCGCGUUGUCCUUGCGACGUGGAUUAGGUCCCCUACAAAAGGCCGUAGAAUUCCCCCCGCGGCGACGUACAAUUCAUGGAGAGUUGUUAUAGUUAGUCGCCCAAUUGCGAGCACUCUAAAUCGGUGUAAUUCUUUCUGCAAACACAUCUUUACACGCACUUCAGUGGACUAGACUGUACAUGUGAGGGACAACUCGAAAGUCUUAUUCUUGCUCCCAGACUCGAAGCAAGAAAACUGGAUUUAUGGUAUCAAGUGGAUAAGUGUUUCGACGGUCAAAAUCCUUUUGAACCGGACAAAAAGCUGAUCUGCCUAACGGAAAUCUGUGCUGGUUGUAUUGUGCGGAUUACAUCAGACCACAUCGCCACUCACCAGCAACAUAACUGAAGACUGGCAGGGGGUUUCUGCACGGGAUUGACUCACACAAUGCCCUCAUCGCGGCCAUUCUUCAUCUUCACCGAUUUUCCAAACGACAACAAAAGCCUGAGAAGAGUCCGCCCUAUUUUUCUGAUUGAAAAGGUGGUAUAAAAGCUGACUUAAUCUCGACUGGUGGAUUUUAUUAAAGUGUUUGUCGCCUUAGUCACCGCAGGUGAAUACAGAUCUUGCUGACCCGCAUGAGUGAUGCUCAACUAGUACCGAGACCAAAUUGAGACUGGGUUCGGUUGGACAAAAUAACGGGGGCACUACAUACACGGCACGUUGCGUGGCUGUGCAGAGUUGGAUAUUUAGAUCAUGUUGUGAUCCGUUUCAUACCGAGAGAAAAAAAAGGAGAUUACAAUAUGAAGGAUUGAAAACAAUCAAGGCAUCAAGCAGUAAACCAGACACUUUUGUGUUUCAAGCAGAAGUGAAUCAACUGAAGUGAGUCACCUGUGGAAAGUCUUGGGGUCCGAAUUUAAUGGAUAGCAACCAACGGAAGAUGCCGAACAUUGCCGAGACAACACCGAGAGGCAGCCUGUCCCCGGUCCCGCGCGUCGUACAGCCCGGACAACAACCAGCCAGCAACAAGGGUUUACUCCCCGGCUACAACGGCACCAACAACCGGGGCGGCAUGAUGAUGGCACCCGGUGUUUCAGUCACUCGCAAGUACUCCCUGGCCCCGUCAAGCAUCGCCCCAAGUACGCGGAAAAACAGCUCCAGUGCGGCAACGACCCGCGACGGCGGCGGUGGCAUCCAGGUCGAGAACACCUUCCAAUUGGAGCCGCGCCAGGACGGUCACUUCAACGCGUCCCGCGUGGAGAAGAUCCUUGACUCCCUGAUGGAGUCCAUGCUUGACUCGGUGGAGUACGACCCCCAGACCGCCCCUGAACUCGCACGGGCCCUCACCGAGGACGUCAAGACCAGAGUGAAACUUCUGAAGUACAACAGGCAUAAGAUCGUGGUGCAUGUCAUUCUUGGUUCGCUGCAAGGACAGGGGAUGCAGACGGUCAGCCGGAGUGUUUGGGAUCAUCAUUUCGAUAACUACGCUUCGGCCUGCUACCAGAACCAGACGCUGUUUGCUGUGGCAAUGGUCCACGCUACGUAUUUUGAAUGAUACAUAUUGUGGGAGUGGACAUCUAUACUAUAGGGAAAUCUUGUAGUGCUUUGUAGGCCUAAUAGAUCCCAGUUCUGUUUUCUUGAAACUAAAAUGGCUCUAAAGACAUCUUAACCGAUGAAAACUUGCAAAUGAACUGAUGUUCCAUUGGUUGAGGAAAAGCAUCCAUGCCGUGUCCAUUCACAAAGCUAACCCUGUAGUGCCUUACCAUGGAGUCUGAGGUGGGAAAUGCUCUGAUGAUGCAGUGAUCAUAGGUGAAAUACUGUCUCAUGCGGAUACAACCAUGGUAGAAUGUUUCGCAACCUUUACACUUAAAGUCAACUACGUAAUAUAAUGUCUUGUGAGUUUAUUUUGUAAUUACAAACAGCAGUCAUCCAGCAGCUUUACCUUACAAAGCUACAACGUGACUGGAUUCAAAUGAUUAAUUGGUCUCGUUGAUUUGUUUGUUUGGUUGUGUUUUAAAACAUACGACUUGGCCAACCGAACAACACCAUUGCAAACCUCAAGCGGGAUGUCUUCUACGAAAACUUCAGAUAUAGAGAUAAACUAUACAGUGUAUGUGAUGUGAUGUACAUGCAUGGCAGGUUCCCGAAUUGUAAACGUAUUCGUAUCGGGUAAAAGUUAAAUCUGUGAAUAAAGUGCCGGCAUGCAUGAUUAUAACAAACAAGUUUAACCGAGUAUUAAAUGUGUACACAUAUUGUGUUUGCUGUUUUGGCAACCAAAGAGAAACCGACUCACGUUUAAUAAAACUAGAAAGUACUCGGAGAGCACACACCUCCACCAAGGCAGACACUCACACAGCCUUGCAUAUCCAUUGGACUUCCAUGUUUUAUUGCACAUUUAAAACAUCUUUAAACUCAAACAUUUUGUAUGUGUGUGUGCCGGUGUUGGUCUAUUUUUCCACUCCCACCUUCUAAAAAUGGUAUAGUCCAUUGACCUGUGUGGCUAGAUUAGGUGGGUGACGAGGCAUACAGGGUCACCCGGUCAGUGCGCAUGCCACACACAUGAACCUGUGCAUAUAGAGCGAUCUGGGGAAAGUUUGACAUGCAUCUACGUGAACAA